CGUCAUCUUUUCAUUCUUACUUGCGAACACUUUGCUUUUUACUUGAAAAAAACACACAGAAUUGAACAACAAAAGCAUGGCGGAUGCCACAAAUAAAGCACGCUCAUUGGAACAGACACCGACAUGGGCUGUUGCAGUGGUGUGUCUUGUCUUGGUUGUCAUUUCUAUCAUCAUUGAACAUGCCAUUCAUAUGCUUGGGAAGUGGUUCAAGAAAAGACACAAAACAGCUCUUUAUGAAGCACUUGAGAAGGUUAAAGCAGAGCUUAUGCUUAUGGGAUUUAUAUCAUUACUGCUAACAGUAACUCAAAGUCUCAUCUCUGAUAUUUGCAUACCAAGAAACAUAGCAAACACAUGGCAUCCAUGUGAUCGACAAGCUGAGGCUCACAAAUAUGGUCAAAUUUUUGGUAGAAAACUUGUUGAAUUCUCCGAUGAUGAUGAUGAUGAUGGCACCACUUAUAUUCCAAGACGCAGUCUUGCAACUUCUAAUUAUGAUAAAUGUCAAGAAAAGGGUAAAAUAGCACUUGUAUCAGCUUAUGGUAUCCAUCAACUCCAUAUAUUCAUCUUUAUGUUAGCAGUUUGUCAUAUCCUCUACUGCAUCAUCAUCUAUGCUUUGGGAAGAACUAAGAUGAGGAAAUGGAAAUCCUGGGAAAAUGAGACAAAGACAAUUGAAUAUCAAUACUACAAUGAUCCUGAGAGAUUCAGAUUUGCAAGGGAUACUUCAUUCGGACGAAGACAUUUGAACUGUUGGAGUCGUUCAACCUUAACCCUUUGGAUUAUGUGUUUCUUUAGACAAUUUUUUGGAUCAGUAACAAAAGUUGAUUACUUGACAUUGAGGCAUGGAUUUAUCAUGGCACAUUUGGCACCUGCAAAUGAAACCAAAUUUGAUUUUCAAAAGUACAUCAAGAGAUCAUUAGAAGAUGAUUUUAAAGUAGUGGUUGGGAUAAGCCCAAUUAUUUGGUUCAUUGCUGUCCUCUUCUUACUUGCCUAUACACAUGGAUGGUACUCUUAUUUGUGGCUGCCCUUUGUCCCUUUAAUCGUAAUUCUAAUGGUAGGAACCAAGCUACAAGUGAUCAUAACGGAACUUGGUGUAAGUAUUCAAGAUAGAGGAGGUGUAGUGAAGGGUGCACCGUUGGUUCGACCCGGCGAUGACCUCUUCUGGUUCGGUCGUCCCCGCUUCCUUCUUUUUCUCAUUCACCUUGUUGUAUUUACGAAUGCAUUUCAACUGGCCUUUUUCGUGUGGAGCACGGUAAGCAAUCCCUACUUCAUAAGAUCUUGCUACCAUGAGCAUCUUGAAGAUAUCAUCAUUAGAAUCUCAAUGGGGGUCGUUACACAGUUCAUUUGUAGCUACGUGACUCUUCCUCUCUAUGCUUUGGUGACUCAGAUGGGAUCCAACAUGAGACCGACGAUCUUUAACGAAAGGGUCGCCACUGCACUGAGAAACUGGCAUCAACAAGCGAAGAAACACACUAAACAAAACAAACAGUCACAUUCUCAAAACACCACGCCGCUUUCAAGCAGGCCUGCGACUCCAACUCAUGGGAUGUCUCCAGUUCAUCUUCUUCAUAAUUAUCCACGAAGCGUUGAAAGUUAUCCGACAUCUCCCAGACUUUCAAUCACUGAGAACAAUCGAUUGGUACUCCACUCCCCGAGACAGCAUGGAAUCAAAGAUGAUGUUGAUGAUAGAUCACUACAUAAGGAAAUUGCUCAAGUUGAUACAACAUUUGAAGAAUCCAACUCUUUGCAAAGAGCUGCGAUGGCUCAGGCGACACGAACACAACAUGAAAUCGACAUUGCUUCGUCGAUUUUCUCGCUCGAGAAGAAAUGAUUCGAACUGAUUUGUCGAAUCCACAAUGUACUUUGGUUUAAUGUGAAAUUAUAUAUAUAAAUUUAAUUUUGUGCAAUUUUUUUUUACAUAAAAUUUUAAUUUGACUUGAUUCUCACAAAUUAUUA